GCCUCUCCUCGCCUCCUCCCUUCCUUUCCCCCCCAAACCCUAGAAUUCCCCCCCACAAAACCCUAGAAUUCGCGCGAUCGAGGCGGCUAUGGCGGCGGCCGCGGAUGGGCUUCCGCCGGGCGUCAGGUUCGACCCCGCCGACGACGAGCUCGUCUCCCGCUACCUGCUCCGGCGCCUCCGGAAGCAGCCCAUCCCGCUCCACGGCGUCAUCCACGAGGCGGAUCCCCUCGGCGCGCCGCCAUGGAUGCUCCUCGCCGCUCACGGCCGGGGCGGCGACGAGGCCUUCUUCUUCGCCGAGGCGCGCGCCAAGAACGUCAGGGGGAAGCGGCAGAAGCGUACCGUCGAGGGUGGGGGGUUCUGGCAGGGGCAGCGGGUGUGCAUCGACGGCGAGAGGCUGCGCGUCCCCGGCGACGGCGGCGGCGGCGAAGUCGGCGGGGAAUUGGAGAUCGAGUGGCGGAAGUACAUGCUGAGCUUCUUCGCCGAGGGGGAGAGGGGCAGCUCGGGGUGGGUGAUGCACGAGUACGCCAUCACGGCGCCCGCUGACCUCGCCUCGUCGCCGAUCCGGCUUUACCGCGUCCGGUUCAGCGGCCACGGCAAGAAGCGCAAGCGGGAGCCGGAACGCCUGGGCGCCCGCGUCCACGACGACGACGUCGACGGUGGAGAACGCGCCGCGCCCCGGCGCGCCGUGGCAGAGACCGCCCUGUUCGUGCAGCAGUCGAGCGCCGUGGAUUGCGCCGAAUCCGCCGAUCAGAGCUUCUCCGGCGUGAUCGAGCCUGUGUUCCACGAUCUCCCCGACAUGAUGCCAGAGCAAGCUGAUGCCGGAGACACUGCAGAGACUACAGCAGCGGUGGUGAACCUCACGGACGCCAUGACCGAGCAGCCCGUUCUUCCGCUAGCAGCAGAUGGCGACGAUCAGAGCUCCUACGGUGUCAUCGAUCCGGCGUUCCGCGAUCUUGCUGACCUGAUGGUCCUGCCACCUGUGCUCGCGCAGCAGGAGCCUCCGCUCGCGCCCGUGGCAAUGGUGGAUCUCCCUCCUGGCAAUGCUGAUUGCGCCGAUCAUCAGAGCUGCUCUGGCGUGAUCGACCCGGCGUUCCGUGAUCUCCCCGACAUGACCGUGCUGCCACCAGAGCAAGCUGACACCGGAGGCGGAGCAGAGACUACCACAGCAAUGGUGAGCCUCACGGACAAGCUGAAAUACUCCUCCUCCAUGGACGGCGAGGCAGCGCCGGCGUGGUGUGAUUUCGAUUUUCCAGAGAGCACUGAUGAGGUGCUCAGCUACAUGAACUUCACCGCCGGUGCCCACGACAACAAUGACGGCAGUGUGGGACGCGCCGCGCCAUGGCGUCCCGUGUCAGAGAUCGCCAUGUUCGAGCAGCCGAGCGCCGUGGAUCUCCCUCCUGGCGAUGCUGAUUGCACUGAAUCCGCCGAUCAGAGCUUCUCCGGCGUGAUCGAGCCGGUGUUCCAUGAUCUCCCCGACAUGAUCCGUGAGCAAGCUGAUGCCGGAGACACCGCAGAGACUACUGCAGCGGUGGUGAACCAGAACUACUCCAUGGCGUUGUGUGAUUUCGACAGCGGCAUUGACUUCACCGCCGGCGCCCACGACAGCGGCAUGGAACGCGCCACGCCCUGGACUCCCAUGUCAGAGGCCGCCCUGUUCGAGCAGCAAGGGCCUCCGCUCGCUCCCGCGGCAGUGGUGGAUCUCCCUCCUGGCAAUGCUGAUUGUGCCGAUCAUCAGAGCUCCUACGGUGACAUGAUCGUCCUGCCAUCAGAGCAAGCUGGCGCCGGAGGCGGAGCAGAGACUACCGAGGCCCUGUUCGACCAGCCCGUUCCGCCGCUUGCAGCAGAUUGCGCCAAUCAGGGCUCCUACGGCGUGAUCGACCCGGUGUUCCGCGAUCUCGCCGACUUGAUCGUUCUGCCACCAGAGCAGGCCGACGCCAUGGACGGCGAGGCGGCGCCGGCGUGGUGUGAUUUCGAUUUUCCGGAGAACAUUGAUGAGGCGCUCAGCUACGUCGACUUCACCGCCGGCGCCCACGCUGACAACGACGGUGGCGUGUCAGAGACCGCCAUGUUCGAGCAGCCGGGGUCUCCGCCACAGCACGAUCCUCUGCUGAUGGAUGCUGAUGGCGCCGAUCAGAGCUCCUCCUCCGGCGCGCUGAUCGACACGGUGUUCGGUGAUCACGCCGAACCGAUCGUCCUGCCACUGGAGCAAGCUGACACCGGAGGUGGUGCAGCAGCGGCGGUGAAACUCAUGGACAAGCAGAAGUACUCCUCCUCCUCCAUGGAUGGCGAGGAGGCGCCGGCGUGGUGUGAUUCGGAUUUCCCGGAGAGCAUUGACGAGGUGCUCAGCUAUGUCGACUUCAGCACCGAUGGCGCGAGCUGCGACUUCUCCAUGGACGAGCUCUUCGAUCUUGCAGAUUAGUUAGCAUCCUGGAGAUAGCAAGCCACCAAGAACACUGGCAUUGACAUUGUCUUUCUAAGAAGAGCUGUAAUCAGUAGCGCAAAGGCGAGAUUUGUUGAUAUUCUGGUGUAAUCUGUAGACUAGAGGCAGAGUAGAUAGAUGUUCCUUAGUUUAUUGACUAAUCUAUGCAUAGAUGAGUUAUUUGUUUAUUGAUUGAACUCAAUGUAAGUAACAUUAUUGUAAGUAAUGAAUAUACUCCCUUUUCAAUCAUUAUAUUCCCUAUUCAAAAUCAAUAUACUGCAUUGA